CGCAAGAAAUUUCCCUGUAUUUAAGAAUUAAUGUAAUUUAAAUUGUUUAAAUGAUAUUGUGAUCUCGGAACUCUUUCCGGAGUAUUAUAACUCCGUUCAACGCCGCCAAUUAACCAGCUUAUUAAAAUUAGCAUCACGAAAAAGGAAUUAAAUGCUCAGCUCAAAGAUUAUUCGGAUAAUGGAUAAGUUUCCGUGAGAUACCAUAGAGGUAGGUUCCGAAUGGCAAGAAUAUCAGAGAAGUUCGAGACGAGAAAUUAUGCGACGUGCAGGAAUACUCGAAUACUCGAAUACUCGGCCAUCGGAAUGAUAAGUUAUAUUUCCGAAGUUUACCCUCCGAAGUCUCUUUACAAGUUACGAAUUGCAUUUCUAGAUCUAGAGUAAGUACUCUCAAUUAGCAACUGCGAACUCUUCAGGACGUUCAUAUUUGCUCAAGCAAAUAAAAUGGAAGAAUUCUGAAGAAAUUCUGGCAAUGUAUCACAAAGAAAUU